CCUCUUCUCUUGAUCUUGAUUUGCAUACUUUCCUGCUGCACAAUGGGUAUUCUAGGACUAGCAAAGCUAAUUGCAGACGUGUCUCCCCAUGCAGUUAAAGAGACUGACUUGAAAAGUUAUUUUGGUAGAAAGGUAGCCAUUGACGCCUCCAUGUGUCUGUAUCAGUUUUUGACUGCUGUCAGGUCUGAAGGAAAUCAGCUGACAUCGUCUGAUGGAGAAACUACAAGUCAUUUAAUGGGAACGUUCUACAGCAAUAUACGUUUAAUGGAAAAUGGUAUUAAACCAAUCUACGUGUUUGAUGGUAAACCUCCGAACCUUAAGUCCGGAGAGCUUGAGAAGCGAGCUGAGCGAAGGGAAGAGGCCAAGAAACAGCUGGAGCAGGCUGAGAGCACAGGUGACACGGAAGCAAUGGACAAAUUCAAUCGUCGGCUUGUCAAGGUUGGCAAACAACACGUUCAGGAGUGUAAAGAUCUUCUAAAACUGAUGGGUAUUCCUUACUUUGAGGCCCCGGGUGAAGCGGAAGCCCAAUGUGCUGCUCUGGUGAAGGCUGGCAAGGUUUACGCGACGGCCACAGAGGACAUGGACGCUCUGACGUUCGGCUCCAACGUCCUUCUGCGACACAUCACAUUCAGCGCUGCUCGCAAAAUACCCAUACAAGAGUUCCACCUGGACAAAGUACUGGCUGGCCUUGAGCUGAACCAGUCUGAGUUCAUCGACCUGGGUAUCCUGUUAGGAUGUGAUUACUGCGACAGCAUCCGAGGAAUCGGUCCCAAACGGGCAAUGGAGUUGAUACAGAAACACCGCAAUAUUGAGACAAUCUUGGACAACUUAGACAAGAAUAAGUUCACUGUUCCAAGCGACUGGAUUUACAAAGAGGCUCGCGAGCUGUUUGUUCAUCCAGAAGUCGCAGAUUGUGAAAGUUUAGAGUUCAAGUGGGUUGAACCAGACGAGGAGGGACUUGUCAAAUACCUCUGCGGAGACAAACAGUUCAACGAGGAGCGAGUGAGGAAUGGAGUCAAGAAACUGCGCAGCUCCAGGAGUAACUCAACGCAGGGUAGACUCGACUCCUUCUUCAAAGUGCUGCCAGCAACUCCCAACACCGGCGUUAAACGCAAAGUUGAAGACAAGUCAUCAACAAACAAAAAGAAGAAGGCAACGCCGAGUGGGAAAUUCAGAGGAAAAGCCAAAUAAACGUAAUAUAAAUGAUAAGUGAAAAUGUAUUAUAAACUCUUAAAUGAUUCCAAUGAAAAUGUUAACAAGUACAAGUACAUUCGAUGAGUUAAGAAAAGUUCAGGAAAUCGGGUGACAAGCAUGCUUAUCAAGAGGCAAAUGUUUACUUUUGAUCUGAAAAUGUUUAAAUCUUUCAAAGACUGAGUUAGCAUAUAAUUUUUCUCGGUUAAUACUAUCUACAUUACAUAAAGUUCAACUCAAAAAAAGUAAUUUUUACGAUUCUAAAAUAUAGUAUUUAGCUUAGCAUAUAAGACUCGUUUGAAUCUAUUGACACCAUGUUAUUUGUAUUUGUUGUUCUAUUUAUACAGUACAUUAUAAGUAGGCUAUUAUAAGUAAGAAAUUAAAAGCUUUACUAAGAAAAUUUGUUUACCUAAUUAACAGUAUUUUUCUAAACACCCUGUAUACUUGAAAGGUUAAGGUAUUUUUUAAUGUUAAACAUUCUUUUAUAUUGGGUAAAAUU